CGCGAGAUUCAAGAUGUCUGCGCCCAUGGGAAGUUCCAAUUUCUGAACGCCAAGGGUCAUUUUGUAGAUCCACACAAGCUCUACACGGCUGCAACCAUGAGUUUGAGCAAGGAAAGUAGAGAGAAUUUCUUUGAAAAUUUAUUGAACAAGUAUUUAAAGAGUUUGAAGGAGCGGCCAUUAAUAACGAAGUGUUGCACCAGUGCCACCAUAUCAGCUCUUGGUAACUUCAUAUCGCAGAAGAUCGCCCCACAGAAAGAUGGGAAGGUUGUAUGGAGGAGUGUUGCAGCCUAUGCCACUAUGGCGUUUUGUGUGAGUGCGCCAAUUAUCCACUACUUCUACAUCUUCCUGUCGAAGGUGGCGCCUCCCAAGGACAAGCCGAGUCAAGUGGACAAUAUCAAGCGUCUCCUGAUUGACCGCCUCAUAUUCACCCCGCCUUUCAUCGUCCUCUUCCUCUAUGUUGUCACCAUACUUGAGGGCCAGGGUUCUGCGGAGGCGGUAAAGAAGAUCCGGGAGCAGUUCUGGACGAUCCUGAAGAUGAACUGGAAAGUGUGGACAAUCUUCACGUACAUCAACAUCAACUAUAUACCACAGAGGUACCGAGUGUUGUUCGGCAACACUGUUGGUUUGUUCUGGACAGUGUUUAUUGCCAUCAAGCGGAAGCAGAUGUCCGGAAACUAGGCCGCAUCUUGAAUUCCGCCACUCAUGGUUGCAGCUUGUGUUGUAUAAAUUAACAGUUUCAUAUAUCCCUUAUAUUUACCUUAUAUUGGGAUCCACCCAAUGUGAGUUUAAUUAAGGGUUGUUAUAAGACAUUUGAGUAUGCCCUACUACUGGAAAUAUUGAUACUAACAUAUAUAUCAUAAACCUCUUUUGUGAUAUUUGCUCUGAAUUGAUUCCAAAUUAGUGAGGCCUGUUUUUGAAAUAAGGGUACAUAUAUAAUAAUUAAUAUUAAUUGCAUUGGAACAAGACUUAAGCUUUUGUGCCACUUUUUGGCUGUCAGAAAAUAUUCUAAAGUUUCUGGUGCGUUAUACAGUCUGAUAUCUUGUACCGGGUAUACACUUUGUUGCAAAUUUUUAUAAAGGUAAUAUAUAGCUGUUACUUUUUUAUUUACAUGCACAAUUUACUGUUGCAAAGUAUUAAAGUAAAUAUUUGUACUUGAAUACACAUGUUCACAACAAAAUAUUAUUUUGUAUGUACAAGGAUUGUGAUAUUUUAUUGUACUAAUUGUAUACUUGUCGACUUUUAUUAUACUUAUGAGAGGACUGAUUUUGAUCGUGAUGUUUUAAAAGGUUGUAAGUGAGUAAUGUUAGUUUGUUGGUAACAUUUAAAAAAUUUAAGCUUCAAAUGUUAUGGUUUGUGUUUAUCUGUACUAUAACGAAAUCAUGUCACUGGCAUUGUAUGUGAGAUUCACAAUUUGUUGUUAUAGAGCUAGGUUGUUGAACAUUAUCCAGACAUAUAGUACAUUGUACUUGGUGUAAAUUCUUUAAAGGUCAUGUACAGCACUUGUUCUUAUUGUUGUUCUCCUUCAGUAUAUAUUUGAUAUUUUACAAAGCACAUUUGGCAUGGGUGCCUAUCCUGCAUUUGGCACAUUGACUGUCUGUCCUACAUUUGGAACAGCUGCCUGUCCUAUAGUCAAUUUAGUUGAAAUUGAUCAGGAUAGAAGUAACUAGACAUUUCAAAAUAGAAAUCAGGGAAUCUAUUCAAUAAUAACCAACUUCGAUUUAACUUAAAUACAAGAAUAGAAUCGGAGUGUUUUGAUUGAAAUGUAAAAUUAAUUGGCCAAUUGACUGAAUGGAAUCACUGAGGCAUGUCUAAGGAUAAGAAUGAUAUUGAAUACUAACCCUGGGGACCAUAUAGCAGAACAGUAUGGUAGUUCUGUCUCAACUGAGAACAUUACUUAUAUAUUGUUUGUACUGGAAAAAAAAGGAAAUAGUUUUUGAUUGCUUCUAUUGUUAUUUAUAGUAACUUUGUAUUGAUCAAUAUUCUAUAAAGGGACAAUAAUUGCAUAAUAUCUUUAUAAGAUCUUUAACUACUAUUAUGCUUGAAAUAAUAGAGUCCAAUUUAUUGUUUUGAUUAUUUUUCUCAAGUACACUUUUUAUGCUCUAUGAUUUCUUUUCUAAGAAUAUACUGCAAUAAUGCUUAUGAAUAUAGUACACACGGUAAUGUGAUGUUAAAAGGAGUUAAACAAAUAUGGUUAUUCUAUUUAAUCAAAGCAUGCUAUUCUGUGGAAAUAAAUGAGUUGAAAUAGA